AUGAGCGACGGCGACGAAGUGGCGAAACUAUGGAAGGUCAACCGGACAAUACACGAAUUGGUAAAGGAUAGAGGCUUCCAGGUAUCCGACGACGAGAUAAACAUGGACCUCCAAACCUUCAAGGAGAAUUGCGUCAGCCAGAGCGGCUCAGUAGAUCGGAGCCAGCUGAAUUUCUACACCAAUUCAACGUCAAAUUUCGAGGACCAAAUAUUCGUAUUUUUUUCCGAUGAGAAAAGCGUAGGAGUAAAGUCGAUGCGGAAACUCAUCUCCAUUCUGGAGGAGAAAUCUAUACAACGAGGCGUUAUCGUCUUCCCAGGGAACAUGACACCCACGGCCCGCAGGGUUAUCGUGGCCAUGGCCUCACAGUAUCGCUUAGAGGAGUUUUCCGAAACGGACCUUCUUGUCAACAUCGUGCAUCACACUUUAGUUCCCCGGCACGAUGUCCUAACCCCCGAGCAAAAGAAAAAUCUACUCGAAAGAUACCGGCUCAAGGAGACCCAAUUACCACGCAUACAGCUAGCAGAUCCAGUUGCUCGAUACUAUGGACUUCGUCGAGGCCAAGUCGUCAAAAUCACUAGACCGAGCGAGACAAGCGGUCGAUAUGCAAGCUAUCGCAUAUGCUUUUAG